GUAGAUCGUCGUCUGGUGCUGCCGCUCAGUGACAAAAACGGUAGUCGUCUAAGCGCGUCUUAUAAAUGCAGUUUUCGGUUCAAUCUCUGUCAAUGGAGACUGUUGCGCUGUAUCAGAAGUAAUACAAAACCAACUUGAAUCCAUCUUUAUCGAAUUCACAGUGUUAUUAAGUAAACCGUUCUAGUGUCAACAGACGCAAAACCAAAGGAAUAACUGCAAUAUCUGGAAUCUCAAGAAGUUUGCAUGUCACAGAAUAUCUGUUAUGGAAAGCUGAUAUUCUGUGUAAUCUACAGAGCUCCAAGGACCUUUCCCAGAUUUAAUUACACGAGUGUGCAUCUCUUUUACUGAAUUAUCAAACUUAAUACCAGAAAAUAUAGCUGAUUAAAUGCAGUACUUUGCAAAUUUUUAUCCACUUUGGCAGAAUGGAGCCAAGCACUGACUUUCAUUUUACCUGGGACAACCACCAGGCAACUUUAUUGACAGUUUUUGAUACUCUCUUGGCUAAUGAGAAACUAGCUGAUUGUACAGUCAGUGUUGAAGGAAAGUCCAUUAAGGCACACAAAGUAAUUCUUGCAGCCUGUAGUCCAUAUUUUGAACAGGUAUUUACUGAUAAUCAUGAGAAGCACCCCAUAAUUAUACUGCCAGACGUAAAGUUUCGGGUAAUGAAAGCUUUACUAGACUUUAUGUAUCAUGGAGAACUGAACAUACAACAAGAUGACCUCGGAAGUGUGCUGAGGCUCUCAGAGUCCUUCCAGUUGAGGGGACUAUCAGGUAAUGUGUACAUUAGUGAUGUGUACACCCAGAGAGAUGAUGGCGGAAGCCAGUUGCUUAUCUCUGCUGAAAAUCAGUCUUCGCAACCUACUAUUUUGUCAGUAUUUACAUUAUGUUCUCAGGAAACUAGUGAAAUGGAAAUGAUGAAUUCAUUUGAGGAGGAUCCGCGCCCUCAUUCCUCGCAGAAAAAUAGCUGUGUUGAAACCGGUUCAGUUAUAAGAGCGAGUUGCAAUCACAAGAAGUUGGCUGUAUAUCGUAGUUCCGAUCGAGAUACAGGGUCGGCCUCAUUAAAUGAAGAAAUUAAUAUUGGUGUCGAAACAUUUCAGAUUCCUGAUGCAGAAGAAACAUUACCUUUACUUGCCACUGAGACUGACUGUUGUGCAAUUUCUGCCCAUCCUACAAAUAGCCAGUUGCAAGGGUCUGUUAAGAGAGCUAGAAAUACUGAGAGAGUCACAAAAGAAGAUUCUCUGGCGACUCUUAACUCUGCACUAACUCCGGGAGUAGCAUUUGAUCAGGUUACAUGCAGUGAAGGAACUAUAGGUCAAGUGGCCCAUGAAACAAAAUUUGCAGACCAAGUUGGUAAACACUUGAGAGUAACAAGAGGUGUUAAACUCAGUGGUGGUGCUGAUGGUAAUGGCAGUGCUAAUCAUAGUGAUGUACGUAUGACAGUCCACCGCACAGUUAAAGAUGUUUCUGCCAGAAGAGGAAGAGCAGUAAAGCAUCAGCCAGUACAGUUGCAGAAAAAAUGUAAGGGAAAGCGAUACACAAAAUUUAAGUGUUAUUUGUGUGGGAAGUCAUAUGUAAAUCAUAGUGGACUGGUGAGGCAUUUCUUGUACGAAUGUGGAAAAGGCCCUCAGUUCGAGUGUCCACGCUGCAAGCUGCGGUUUCUCAGAAGAGAUCAUUUGAGGAGACAUAUGUUAACUCGCCGUUGUCGAAGCUAUCUGCAAGUUGAAGAUAAACAUGAAUGAAAGUAAAUGUUGAUCAUUGUACAGGUAAAAGAAAAACAGAUAAGUUACAGUCACUAUAGCCCAUGACCUAAUGUCUAUUAAUAAUGACAGCUUGAAUGUAGUCUCAAAUAUUAUUUGUUGAGGUAAUGAUUUUAUAUUCAAAGUGAUGUGUGGGGUAAGUUGUGACCAGUACAAGAAAUUCAGAAAAUUGAUAGCUCUCACAAACAUGAUAUUUGGUCAAGUAACUCUCGUAUACCCAUUGUGUUGUUUAGGUAAUGUGCAUCGCCAUUUUAAGGGUAUUGUGCAGGUUAGGCUAAAUUAGGGUACAGAUAGCGCACAUCCAGUACACUACCGUGACAAAAAGGCAACUGCUCAGCUAAGAUCAUGUAGUUGUUACAGUAUAACACAAGGCAAGUUAGUGUAUGCACUUUUUCCGAACAGUUCGCAGUGGAGACAUUCUUGUGAUGUGCCGGAAAAUUGUCAUUUCCAGAGACUGAUGCUGCAGAUUUAUGUACUUUUCAAGUGAGUUCAGUUAUCGGUUGUCACUUCCGAAGCAUGGUCGAUUCAAGUCUGGACAUGUCCACAGUUGUUCUUUUCACUUCUUAUGUGUGCUAAUUUUGACCAUUGGGAGCUCUGCCAUAUUCUGGAGGAGUGUGGAGACCUAUAUGUAAUAGAUUACUCAUCCCCUGCCAGUGAGUUGAUGGAUAUUGAUGAAAGGGCACAGUCAGACUGAAAAAUCAAUCUCAUUUAUUUUGUGUUGAGGUGCUACUUCAAACAUGUUUGAUUGCUUACACUGAUCAUGUCUGCUUACAGAAAAUCAUUGAGAUAUUACUCAAAACAGCCACAUAAUAUACUAAAAUAGCAAAAAGUUUGUCAGUCCCAUGCACAGUCAUCUUACAAACUGAACUAUAGAGUCAUGACUCGCAAAGGUACUUCCAGAUUUAAUUUGCCACUAUCUCUUCCUAGUCUCUAAAGUUUACAGUAGCUUUCCUAUGCACUUUGAAGCAGUGGUUCUAUACCCAAGAAAGGUGUUCAUGAGGGCUCUGUGGAUUUUAGAAUGAAAGGGAGAGGUACCAGUAUACUUAGUUUGUGCGGCUCAUUGAGAUAGAUCAGUCAGCAAAAGCAUUGCCCGUAAAAGGCAAAGGUCCAAAUUGCAUCCUGGCAUUGCCUACAGUGUUUAUGUAUUGGGAAGUCCAUAAUUUAUUGUCGAGUUACAGAAGAGAAGACAAGUGUCAGGCGAGAUGGGAAAUGAUAUGCAUAUUCAUCCAUGAAAUAUCUUUGCCGUCAGUUUGAAGAAGGUAUUAAUAGUGUCUGCCUUGAACCAAUAUAUUCUUUAUGCCAAUAUAUUGCUGUUUAUCAGACACUUUUGAAGUUUUGUAUCAAAAGGACAGUUCAUUUGAGAAAACUGUAAAAUUAGGACAACAUAGAAUGACUGACCAGAACUCAUCCUCCUGUGCCAGAAUUCCAAGUUCUGGUGGUAGACUUCUUUAGAAGUAGUAAACACUGUUCCCAGCUUUUUGGAACUGCCAGUUACUUUCUCAGUGAGGAAAGAGUGGUAGCUCUUGGGGAGGGCAGAAAGGAGGGGGCAGGUUUCUCAGACUCCAGAUUGAGAGGGCAAAGGGGAGAAAAAGGUCACAGGUGAGCUGGCAGAAAGUAGGAGUUCGAGGAUGGUAUACUGGUGAGCACUGUGCCAACUUCAGUCCUGAGAUUAUGGAAGGAAGAAUGAGAAAUAAA